AUGCCAAUACUCACCCGUCUGGCAUUAUAUGUAACAGUACUUACCAGUCUGGCAGUGUACGUAGCAGUACUCACCAGUCUGGCAGUGUACGUAGCAGUACUCAACAGUCUGGCAGUGUACGUAACAGUACUCACCAGUCUGGCAGUGUACAUAGCAGUACUCGCCCAUCUGGCAGUGUACGUAGCAGUACUCACCAGUCUGGCAGUGUACGUAGCAGUACUCACCAGGCUGGCAGUGUACGUAGCAGUACUCACCACUCUGGCAGUGUACUUAGCAGCUAGUACUCACCAGUCUGGCAGUGUACGUAACAGUACUCACCCGUCUGGCAGUCUAUGUAGCAGUACUCACCAGUCUGGCAGUGUACGUAGCAGUACUCAUCCCUCUGGCAGUGUACGUAGCAGUAACAGUACUCACCCCUCUGGCAGUUUACCUAGCAGUAACAGUACUCACCAGUCUGGUAGUGUACGUAGCAGUACUCACCCGUCUGGCAGUGUACGUAGCAGUACUCACCCGUCUGGCAGUGUACGUAGCAGUACUCAACAGUCUGGCAGUGUACGUAACAGUACUCACCAGUCUGGCAGUGUACAUAGCAGUACUCGCCCAUCUGGCAGUGUACGUAGCAGUACUCACCAGUCUGGCAGUGUACGUAGCAGUACUCACCCAUCUGGAAGUGUACGUAGCAGUACUCACCAGUAUGUGAAGGACUUAAUUAGGGAUACGUCAAUAUCAAUAUAGAAAUGGAUAUAUGUUUGUGAAAGAAAAAUAUUACUGGAACUUUGAAUUUUAAAGAUUUGCUGAAAAAGUGAAAGUCAAUGAAGUCAAUGUUUAACAAUGCCAUUAGAUGGUGAAAC